AUGGAUCCUUUCUCUGCACUGAGCCUGGCCCGCAAUGUCAUCCAUUUCGUAGACUUUGGUACCUGGGUCGUCUCGGCUAGCUUCGAGCUCUACAGUCCUGAUGGCAUAUCUACCAACGGGGAAUUGGAGUCUACCAUGCAUGACCUCAUCGGAAUCUGCGCAGGUCUGGAGCAACCCGAUGACCCAAUCGAUGAGCAAGUGGCGUCCAAACCGGAGCUCGAUCUGAUUACCUCUCACCUUAUCUCGUAA